AUGAAAAAUAUUUCAAGAAAUGGUUGCAGAAGGAACCUCAAACAAGAGAAGUUCAGAUUAUGCAGAGAUUUGAAAAAAUAACUCUCAAAGAGCAUCUAUCCAGUGUAGAAGCUGUAGUCCAUGGGAUGAGUGGCGCUGUAGAUGAAUUACAUAAAGUAGAAAGUAAUCUACAUAAAGAAGUUAUGAUGAGUUCUUAUCACCACCCAUCAUUCAAUGAAACAAAAGAUGAAAUUUUAUAUGAACCAGAAGUUGAACAAUUAAGAAAAUUUUUUCGAAAAAAUCCUAGUCAAGCAAUUCGAUACAACAAAUAUGAUCGUAAUGCCAUUCACGAUGACUCACAUGAUUUACACCAUCAUCUGCAACACCGCAGUCAUCAUUUGCAAAGACAACGACGGUUAUCGCACAACUUUGCAUUAUCCCGUACUAUGUCUCCAACUAGCAGUGGUUUAAGCUCACCUUCAUUGAGUCCCAAAUUACAUAAUAGUGAUCAUUACUGUAUUGAAGAUGAUAGGUGGUACAAUAGUGCAUCCCAAAAUUUGUAUGAAACAAGUGUGUAG